AUGCGGAAACUUCAAGUUAACCCCAGGUCGUUCGUUUUUUUCGCUCGUCGUGCUUGUACACAUACGCAUACGCUUCAAGCUCAGUCUCCCAAACAGUCGGCUGUACGCGUUCGUUUUGCGCCAAGUCCAACAGGUUAUCUUCACCUCGGCGGACUCCGCACCGCUUUAUUCAAUUACCUUUUUGCGCGUAAAUCUGGCGGCAAAUUUCUCCUUCGGAUAGAAGACACUGAUAGAGCGCGUUACGUACCUGGAGCAGUUGAGAAUCUGGUAAAGACGCUGCAAUGGGCUGAAUUGACAUACGAUGAAGGACCUGGUAAAGGAGAGCAUGGGCCAUAUUAUCAAGAAAACAAAGUUUAUAGAUGUUUCUGUACUCAAGAGAGACUUCAACAAGUUCGCUUAGAAUCACAGAAGAGUGGACGGGAGAUGGUGUACGAUAGGCACUGCUUACAUUUGAGUGCCAAAGAAAUAGAUGAAAAUCUAUCGCAAGGACUUCCAUAUACUGUUCGACUCAAGGCGCCAGACGGUGAUUUGGUGGUAAAAGACUUGGUUCAUGGCUCAAUCAAAUUCAGUGGAAAGAUCAUAGACGACGCUAUACUUCUUAAGAGUGACGGCUACCCUACAUACCAUCUGGCUAAUGUCAUUGAUGACCAUUUAAUGUGUAUCACUCAUGUAAUGCGUGGCGAGGAAUGGCUACCCUCCACACCAAAACAUCUUCUCCUAUACCAAGCGUUCGGAUGGAUUCCACCAUACUUUGCACACGUUCCACUCCUUUUUAAUCCAGAUCGGACAAAACUAUCCAAACGUUCAGGAGACGUGAAUGUAGAAGAUUUUGCUCGUAAUGGAUAUCUUCCGGAGGCAGUCUUGAACUUUGUUGCACUAUUGGGAUGGUAUCCGCCAAGCGCCAAUGAGGUGAUGACUUUGGACGAUAUGAUUAGAGAGAACGAUACCCAGACUUGUCUUAAGACACGAAUAACUGAUGCAGUAAUCAUCAAUGCUUUCAAGUUUUCAUUGGAGCAUCUGAACAAAUCUCCAGCAAUUGUAAUGCAUGAAAAGUUGGAUUUUUUAAACAAACAACAUCUGUUACGUAAAGCUGGAACCCCGGCAGGAUUAGACGAACUUGUGGCGAUGCUCAGGAUAAUGGUCAGAAAGAAAUUGAGAGGAUCAGAAGGAGAGUAUCGAUUGGAAAAUGAAUAUCUUGCAAGAGUUCUAAAUACAAUCAAGGAGCGCAUUCGUAAUGUUAAAGAUAUUCCAGAAUUAUGCGAGUAUUUCUUUGUCGACCCUGACUACGACACAAAGAGCGCUGAAGAGUUUCGAUCCAAGAUUUCGGAUGAGAAAUUGAGGACCACUGCCGUAAACGCGUUGGAGAAGUUGAAUUUGAUAAGGGGAGACAAUUUCACGUUGGACGGUCUUAAGAUGGCUAUAGAUAGUAUCAUAAAAGAUACCAGACUCAAGCCAAAGGACGUCAAGUCAGCUCUUAGAUAUAUUAUCACGGGGACUCAGGUGGGCGCUCACAUUGCAGAAACCAUACAUACUUUGGGUGAUGAUAUUUGUAUACGGAGAUUAAAAAGUUUUAGACGCUAUUAA